AACUAGAAACUCCAAAUCCCUCCGAAUUCUGAAUUCCCUCUUCUGUGUGAUCCAACCAUAACAGAAAUUCGGACCAAACAUUCGUCAGAAAGAACAAAGUGAUUGGUGAUCGAUGAUGUCGGGCUUUAAACUCAGCACCAGUGCUUUCAUCUACGUUCGCACAGCCACCAAAACCAAACCCCUCUCAUGGACCCCUAACACAAGAACAACCCCAACCCAACACCGCCGCAGGUACAUUCCUUCUCAUUCCAUUUCCAAAAACCAAAUCCUAGGGUUUACACGUUCACACAAAUUGCCAUGUUUGGGAAGAGCUGGUCUUGUCACGGAUUUAGGUUCGCCGGUGCCAUCACCACAGCCUCAACCUCAACCUCAACUUCAAGCUCAGUCUAAGCCUGAGCCAGAACCAGAACCUUCCAAAUUGCUCACUCUGCCCACAAUUCUUACUCUGGGUCGUGUCGCCGCAGUGCCACUUCUUGUUGCUACUUUCUAUAUGGAUGGUUGGCUCGGAACUGCUGCUACUACGAGUAUUUUCGUCGCUGCAUCAAUCACAGAUUGGCUUGAUGGCUAUCUUGCUCGCAAGAUGAAGUUGAAAUCUUCGUUCGGGGCAUUCUUAGAUCCGGUAGCUGACAAGCUCAUGGUUGCUGCCACACUGGUCUUAUUGUGCACUAGACCUCUGGAUGCUGGUGUGUUUGGACAAGCACCGUGGCUGCUGACUAUACCUGCAAUUGCCAUAAUUGGUAGAGAGAUAACCAUGUCUGCAGUCAGGGAAUGGGCUGCUUCCCAGGAUAGCAAGCUUUUAGAGGCUGUUGCUGUAAAUAACUUGGGGAAGUGGAAAACAGCCUCACAGAUGACAGCAUUAACAAUCCUUCUUGCAACCCGGGACUUGAGCCAUGGAGGAGGAGCUGUCAUUUUAGUUGGCUCUGGUGUUGCUUUGCUUUAUACUUCAGCAGGGCUUGCCUUAUGGUCUUUAAUUGUAUAUAUGAAGAAAAUUUGGAGGGUGUUGUUGAGGUAGCAUGCCUGCUGCUCCAUGUAUUCAAGUGCUAAAUACAGUUUAGAGUCAUUGUAAGCUUAAGGGGAAAUUCAGCUGGAAAUUAUGCCUCAAGAUUAAUGUUCAAGAUAAUGGAUAGUGGGCAUGCAUAGAAAAGAUUGAACAUGCAAGCUGCCACUGCCAUCUCAAAUAUCCGCAUCAUUGGUUCAUUGAAGCAUCUGGCUCGGCGAUUUUAUAAUCAUUUUGAAUGUUUGACAACAAGAAUUAUUGGAUUCACUGAAAGAUGGAAUCAAGAACACCUUACCAAUUGAGCGGCAUUGAAAAUUCAGACAAUUUAAGGCUUCAUAAGUUUUUCUUAGUUUUUCUUAUCUUUACAAGAAUAUAAAGAUGAUAUCAACUUUUUUAACUGUUUGUUAGUUGUGUACACUUUUUAUUAAGAAUUCAAUCCUUACAACA